AUAACUAUAAGCAAGAACGUUCUAGGUAAAGGAAGAAAUUUCUUUAGAACACGUGUCGGAUUCUUAGACCAUCUUCCUUGCAAGUAUAUAAAGCAUCGAGAUUCGAAAAUGGGAGAUUAUUCUAGUUCGUUCCCCUUCUCUCUCGCCUUAACAGUCUCCGUUCGCAAAAUUUCGGCCGAUUUUCAAGUCCCGGUCCUGUCUCCAGCAUGCAGAGGGAAAGAGAAAGGAGAACUGAUAUUUUUGAGGACAUGGGUGAUCCGUUUGCUAACUUCCGCGGCUUCGGAAUGAUGCCUAGCCUAUUUGGACGGCGGGAUCCAUUUGAUGACCCGUUCUUUACUCGACCAUCUGGAAGCUUAUUUGAAUUUCCAAGUUCUACUACUACUGAUCCUGAUGCAUCGCGUGUCGAUGUAGCAAAAGGAAUAGUUAUUGAAGAAUUAGACUCUGAUGAUGAGAACGAAAAUGAUACAACCACCAUUGGCUCGAACAAAGAGCCAUCUGUUGAGCAUCCUGAUGAUAAUCUUCACGAAGAGAAAAGCAAGAAUGUAGAGCAUAGAAAUGAUAUCAACAGGACAGAAGUGAGUAAACCUCAGGCUCGUAAUCUCAGUUUUCAGACUUGUAAAGUCACUUAUGGUGGUGUAGACGGAGCAUACUACACUUCUACAAGGAGUAGAAGGGAAGGGAGUGAUGGGGCGGUUCUCGAGGAGAGCAAGGAAGCAGACAAAAUAACAGGCCAAGCAACUCAUAGGAUCUCAAGAGGAAUUCACGAUAAGGGUCAUUCAUUCACAAGGAAGCUAGCUUCAGAUGGCAAAGUUGAUACAUUGCAAACUCUACAUAAUUUGAAUGAAGGUGAACUUGCUGGUUUUGAAGAAGCAUGGAAGGGUAAUGUCAAGUUGCCUGGCUGGAGUGAUCGAUCUGGUAUGCUUGGCACAACUAGUGAUCAUCCGUUUCCUUCUAGCAAAGAGAUGUCUGUUUGAGGGAAGGCUGUUCUUAACAGCCUUUAAGAUGGAUAAGGUUGGACAAUAAGAACUCAAUUAGACACAUGUUCUUCCAAACUAUCAAUUGUGUGAACUUGCAUUUUGUUAUUAUGUAUGGGUUUGCAUUUAGUUAGCUAUUUAUUCUGGUCAUAUAUAAAUUUUGCUACACCUACCCUCCAUCUCGCAAAGAUGAACAAAACAAAAUUGUUAUUUUUGACGUCCUAUAGGCAAACUUGUUAUUUUGAUUUGAAUAUUUAAUCUGAAAUAUCAAAUUUAUCAUUCAUUAGUUUCAACCAUUUAAGAUCAUAUUGUAUAUCUGAAGUAAUUUGUGUUUUCAAAAUAUACAAGUAAUAAUUUUGGGAAUGUUUAUAUACUUAAAUUGUGGUUAGAAUUGAAAGUUGAUUAAAAUUAACUAAUUUAACUGUUCUUUCUUAAUUCCUGUGCUAACCAAACUUUGCCCAUUUAUAGGAUGAAAGUAGUAUUUGGUCUUUUGUUGUUUUAGUUUUAUUUUUGUUUGUUUUGGUUAAUAUUGGUGGUUUUGUGCUUACUAUACAAUAGACCGAUUACAGUCAUUAGCGCAGACUAAUAUGCUCCUUGGAUUUUUCACUUGUUAUGAUAAUGUUAACAUAGGGUUUAGCAACCGAGAGCAGAAGGGGAAGACAACUUGGGGAGGCUUGGCUCUACCAUCUGCAGAACAGUCCCGAAAUAGUGGAGCAACUUCUGUAGGAAAAACCAAGAAAGUUGUCCGGAUCA